AUGCCUGAUUUAGAGGAAUCCUAUUCUUCUAUCAUCCCCCCAGAAACAACGGAAUUAGCGUCGGGACUCUACACAAUCACAAAUACACCAUGGAUUUCCCAAAACACCCGAUCUGAUCCCAUAGACUCUUCCAAAAUCGAUUACAAUGAUCUAACCAGCGUUACCAUUGGACCUUCCACUAGUCCCAUCCGUGUCACCUGGCCUCUUGCAGUCUUCUGCAUGAACUCUCUCUUUUUCCGAAGCAUCUUCAUGCCAGAAACACCCACAGUACCAGAUACCACACCUUCUUACAUUCGUGCUCUCCGCCUGGAACACCAACGCACAAAUAAUAUCCCAUUUCCAUGCACCACACCUGCCGAGACCGACGCUUUUUCCAUCUUCGUAUCAUGGAACACAACCAACGAGUUAAAGUCUUCAACAAAGUUUGUUGGAAUCACUAGUGUUAACGUUAACGAGCGCAUUCGGCAGUACAGUAAGCUUUGGGAUCAGAUGAUUGAAUGUUACAAGCUCUCACAAUUCCUGAUCGCGCCUAAAUUCGCCAACAAGAUUAUCGACACAAUGAUCUGCGCUUUGAGAGAAGAAUGCGGAUGGCAAACUCAUCGAAGACAACUAGAAGAUGAAGACGAUGAGAGUAUUCUCGCGACUCCCGGAACCGCAGAAUAUGACGCAUUAAUUGAUCGCCUAUCUCAACUCACAACCGAAGGAAACGAUAACUUGUUCAAUCAAACACAAUCGUCAACCACCCCGCCAAUAGUAGAUCAGAACGACACUCCGAAUCGAAAAACCAAACUCCUUCCCCCUGAUGCGAGAAAUAUUCUAGGUGGAUCACCUGCGCAAAUCUCCCAUUUGUAUGCAUCUACAAACCCUGACUCUCAGCUGCGAAAAAUGCUCGUUCAGAUGAUCAUCAACUAUUCUGUCCGCUAUCCCAAAUACUAUGCUCAGCCUUCUAGCUUCAGCACUCUGAUUACAGGCACGGGGUCCGGUACAAAGGGAGAGCUUUCGGUCCCGAUGGAAUUCAUGAUUGAUUUAUUGAGUGCUUAUGCAAAGCUAGGAAAAGAAGCGAGAGAUAGAGGAUGGAAAGAGCGGGGUUCGGGAUGUGUGUAUCAUGAGCAUAAAGAUCAUGUUGAGGAGAUGAAUUGUCAAGUGCAGAGUGCGAGGGAGAGGAGUAAUGCGGAGGGAGGUGGGGAUGUGACGAUUUCAUCGGCGGUGGGAUAUUCGAUGGGUUGA